AUGAGUGGGUGGAUGAAGUCAUUACAGUGCAAGUCAAAGGCGCCGGACGACGUCGUCCACCACCACCUCCGCCGCCGCCGCUCUGACCCCCCGAGCCACAGCCUCCGCCACGGCCUCCGCUCCCACAGCUGCAGAAGCGGCGUUCAGAGCCUGAAAGACGUCGUGGACGCCGCCAAGAGGGAGAAGCCCAAGAAGUCUCCGCAGCCGCCGCCGCCUUUCAGGCGGCCCUCCAUCGGAAAACCCACUGAUCCCGGCCCGAAUCUCCAGCCGGGCUCGAAGCCCGGCUCAUGCUUCUCGUCACUGGCGGAGCUACCCAAGGGCCACCCGUCGCGCAAUGUGGUGGAGAUAAUCUUCCACACAAGCUGGGGGGAGAAGGGUUUUCCGGGCCGGGUCGAGAUGGUGCUCAAGGUGCAGAAUUCGGCCCGGACGACGGCCCGGUUCGAGGAGUACCGGGAGGCGGUCCGGCAGCGGGCCAGCGGCGACGGCGGGGAAUCCGCCGAGGACCACUCCCGUUGCGUGGCGGACGGGAACGAGGUCAUGAGGUUCUACUGCCUGGGGGACACAGCCGGAGGCGGCGCGUACGAGUGCGGGGGCGGCGCGUGGGCGUUUCCUGGUGGGAAGAUGGCAGGCGUGUGCAUGUUUUCUGGGAGCGGCGCGGCGCACGAGAAAGCCGGCGGCGGUAGGGGGCGGAGGGCGAUGCUGGUGUGCCGGGUGAUAGCGGGCCGGGUAUGCAAGCAACUCGGGAUUGACUCGUUGAUCCAGGGCCGGGCCGGGUACGACUCGGUGGGUGGGGAGAAGGGGGAGCUGCUUGUGUUCGACACGCGCGGGUUACUGCCUUGCUUUAUUAUAAUUUACCAGGUUUAA